CGCCAUUUUACUGUGGUGUGUCUGCGGCAGUCAACGGACCCGGACGGGAUCUUUCCUACAUUAUACAGCUUUUGAAUAUUUUGUUUCAACUGAAACGGGUAAUUAACACUGUAAAUGUUGUUACUAAAAUAUUUGUAGUUGUUACAUUGUCGUGAUAAAAUAGGAAACCUAGUUCUUCGGGAAACAGCUGCCAGGUAGCGCGUUUUAGCUAACGUUAACUCAACAACAAGGUGGUUUACUUAGGCCUCUGCUAUGUGGCGUUAGCUCUGAGCACAAACAUCAAGUAGUAGCCAGGUUGGCGAUACAAUUUGACUCACGCUGUUGAUUGUCUACCUGACGUCGGUCUAUUUAAGCCAGCCUACGAUAUCUUCAUAUAUUUUCUGAUCUCCGUUCGGUAACGUUCGUGUCUUUCCGACACUGCAGGGAAUUGUGCGUAACGUUAGUUGGUUCCAGCUAACGUUAACUUUGGGCUACUAAUUUUGAUUAUCGAACAGUAAGUAUCAUUCUUUUCUUGGGUUUUAAGCAUUCAACAUACAUUCAACCAAACAAGGCCUGUCACGUGUGUUAUUUGGUGGCUCUGGUAGACGUUCUUAGCCUGUAACGACCGUUUAACACUCCUGGAGAAGUGUUUGUUGUAACGUUGCUUAUUACGUAACGCUCGUAUCUUUCCUUAUUUCUUUAUUUCAGUGGAAGUGCUAUUAUGUGUGUAGAGUGUAGUUUUCCCUAUUCCCUAAGAUGGAAGCCAGAGUUGUACUUAAGGCUGAUCAUCAGUGUCAAACUAAGGCCCCUAUGUUCAGGAAAAAUGAACAACCCAGGUCUAGACUCUCCAAAUUCAUGACGUUAAUUGUUCCAAAUUCUGGAAUAACGUUAGAUACUUAAAAUGCAUAUCCAUGGCUAAAUAGACUAAAAUCAAUAAGUCUGUCCACCAGCGUGGACCCCCUUCAGAACUGAAUUCUAGAUCUCCCAGAAGUUGUGAUUGGUAGCGUAUCUGUCGCACUAUACCAUUGUGUAAAAACGUCCAACUGUAUGUGUUCUGCUGUCUGUCUCUUAAUAACGUCUUUUCAGUUCCCUGGGGAGUGUUUUUGAUUGCUUUUGUAGGUUUAAAACCCUCCACAUGGCCCUUUUGUGGGAUGCCUGGAUAUGGAUAGCUUGCCCCUCAGAGUACAGUGGCAGAAGAUUUUUUUCUCUCUUCUUCUCAGCUUUGGUGAAAAUCACUAGAGGCUUGAAUAUCCUGCCCAUAUUUUUCUACUGUCAUCACCCAAAUGUUACCAGGUGUGCAAAAUAUCACCAACAAGUCCAAGAAGAAGCUGGGGAUUAUUUUUCCACCUACCAUCCAUCCCCUUUUUGCCACGUCAGUUUGAGAAUUUUUUGGAUCCAUUUUUGGUGCUUUUCUUUCCCCGUUAUGCCCCACUAUUUCCAUCAUUAGUCUCACCAAUUAAUAAAAAAUAAUAGAAAAAAUCUCCAAAGGACUCUUGCAUUCACCAUCAGUAGUGUUUAGCAGUCUGGCUGAGAUACAGAUGUCUCAGAGUCUGAGAAAAGGGAUGUCGUAGGAAGACAAGUGUCUCUGGGCGAUCCAUCCCCCCUUUUCCUCUUGUCUCACGGAUCAAGUGUUCCUUCAGGACUCAUUACCGCCACGAAGUCGCCUACCUGCAGUGUGCUCAAGAGGGAGACCGCUUCUAAGCCACCUCAGAGAACCAGCUGCUUGGUUAAAGGUUGUAACCUGAUCUCUCCACUCAACACCCAGACCAGCAUUACUAUGACCAACCAUGGAGACGACUGCUACUUCUUUUACUAUUCCAAUUGCACCAAAGGAGACACCUGCCCAUUCAGACACUGUGAGGCGGCUAUGGGAAGUGAGAUCGUCUGCAACCUCUGGCAGGAGGGACGGUGCUUCCGUACCGUCUGCAAGUUUCGCCACAUGGAGAUCACGAAAAACAGAAAGGAGAUAUGUUGUUACUGGGAGAACCAGCCUGCUGGCUGCCAGAAGCCUCACUGUGCCUUCUUCCAUGAAAGGCCCCGCUGCAUUGACGGCACCUUUGUCCCCCCGGAUAAAAGUCUGAACAAGACUGAGGAACAGCCACACGAGGAACCAGCCCCCCCGGCCGCUGCCUCUCUUUCCACCGCAACCAACCCACAACUCCGAGGCGUCAAGACAGAAACUCAGGAGCCGGUGCCGAGUCCCACCCACCCACCCGUGGUGAUUAAUCCAGCAGACGAUGACGAGGAUGAAGAUGACCAGUUCUCAGAGGAGGGAGAGGACGGAAAAGUUGGCCUUUCUCCUAGGAAACCACCCAAAUCAGAUGACUCUUUAAGCUUUGGAGUGAGCACCCUGGAGGAGAUUCGGCUGAGAAAGGCCCUGAAAGCCAGCAUGAAGAGAGCGGGUUACCCCAUGCAGAGUCCUGACACCCAAGCCAAUGGAGAGAAAGAAAACAUCCAAUCAUUGUUUGGACCUACCCUCUACCAGGCAGGAGACGCCCCAUUCGAUUUUGAGGAAACUGGUAGACCAAGAGGCAGUUUGGCUGAAAGACUUGGAAGGAAGAUGCCCAACACUGAUGUGAAAUUUGGAGGGGUUGUCCCACUAAAAAGGGGUCUGUCUGGGCGUCUGGGCCGGAUUAUGGAUGAGCCCCUCCAGGCUCCUCAGAAAGCUUUGAAGCCUAUUAAGGACCGACUUGGCUUGGCUGUAUCUGUUGCUCCCACUUCCCCUCAACCAGCUGACACUGACAGGGAGCCAAAGAAAGCUCCCAAGCAGAUUCGCAUCAAAACCUUGGAGGAGAUCAGGCAGGAGAAAGCUGCAAGGUCUCCGUCUCAGGGCCUAAAAGGGAGUCCUUCAGCCGCGAGCCCAGAAAGCAACACAUCCAAAACCACCACCGGUGUCAAGCGAGCCAUCACUAUCAGAGAUGACUCCAUCAACCACACAAAGACCUUCUUGGAGGGCCUUUGUGCCAAGAAGAAAAGGCAAGAGGGACAGGAUCCCAAGCCUAAGAGGAGCCAGGCAGAAACUAACACACCGCAGGAUACAAACGUGGGGCAGCUCAGAGUAAAAACUCUGGAGGAGAUCCGCAGGGAGAAGGCAGCAAAGAUCCAGGCUCGGCAGACCCUGGACUGUGAAAACAAGAAGAGCUCUGAUACCGAGGAGAGCCCUGCAAAGAAACCUCACCUGCUGCAUGUCAAACCCAAUUCCCCAAGCAACGCCACAACAGAGAAGAGUGCUGAAGUGACGGAGAAGCCGAGGAAAGCUGCAGCUGCCCCUGAGACAAGUGCGGCCCCCAGUAACAAUGUCAAGGUCAAGACCUUUGAGGAGAUCAUGUUGGAGAAACGCCUCCGCAAGCAAGAAAUGGAGGACCGGGCCAGAGACUGUGCAGAAGCAGAACCUGCUCAGAAACACGGCAAUGAAGGAACCUUCAGGCGGAAGGCUCCCACUAAAGUCCGUCUGAUGAGCCCAGGCUCUUCAUCACCUUCCUCCACCACUGUGGCCCAUGACGUUACCGUUUCCACCCAGAAGCUCCCCGUUGGUAAACCCAUCUCCCUCAGGCUCAAGGCUGCUUCCUCUCUGAGCACCACGACUCGAGGUGCCAGAGGUGCUGCCGUCAACGCUGCUCCCUCAGUCCCCGUAAAGCAGCCCUCCCCUCCACCGGAGGCCGAGUCAGACUCACAGAGUCCUGGCCGGUCCAGGGAGGUCCCAGACAAAAACACAAGGAGUUCUACUGCUCUGUCACCAUCCAAGCAGGACGGAGCAGCUCCUCGGGGCCCUGCUGCAGAGGGCCGCACUUCUGAUAAGACACUGAACCGUAACCAGAAGACCUCCCCAGAGCACACCGCCGAGGCCAAAGUGAGGCCCAAGCUCAACGUGAAGCCUUCAGUCGUGAAGCCUGCGGUGCAGAUGAAACCCGGUCAGAAGAGAAGGGGAGCAGAGCGCUCUGCUGUCGCUGCUGUAAAACCUCUGAGCAGCACCUCCACGGUGCAGCAGGAGCCAGCAUGCAGAGGCAGACGGGAGUUCCCGUCCGCCAUAGCAGAGGCUCAGCUGAGCGCUGCUGUUCCUCGGAGUCCCAGCACCCCGAUGGACUCGGGCUCCAGCUGCAGCCCCCUGACCGAGGACCUACAGACCGUCCCCGUCUUCAAACAGAGUCAGAGACAAGACACCAAGCAGAGCGCCAUAGUUGCUGCAACCGAGGCCUGCACAGUCCCAGAAAGCCCGGUCACAAAGACACCCACUCAGGCCAAGUCCCGUAGACUGAGCAUAGCAGCGCCCCGCACCGCCUCCACCUCGGCCAUGGAUGACUUUGAGGAACUUAUCAACCAGUUCACCGAGGACCACCUGGAGGGCGAUGUGGACCCCGGCAUCGAAGAGGACGACCUGCUGCAGGAACUAUCAGAGAUGAUUGACAGCUGAGGGGCCCAUCGAGCCCUGCCCCAACUUGUCUCCCACCACAUGGUGGUGGCCAAGUGAAGAAGAAACAAAAAGGUCUUUUAAGCUUUCGUUAAAGCUAUUCGUUUUUACUUUGCGUUUCAGGCAUAUUCUCUCCCUUAGAUUAUCGCUUCAUCAUGAUGUUUAUUUACACUGUCAGACCUUUCGGGUCAGGAGAAAAAGAGAAAGUGGAAAAGAAGCGUUGGUGCUGGGGGAUGAUGAAAGUGUCAUCACUUUAGCAGGAGUCCUUGCCGUCCUAUCCGUGUACUGUGUAUGCAAAGAGAGGAGCCAGCUGAGAACCGAAAUAAUGACGUAUACUUAUAAUAAUGAUCAUCAUGCACUUCCAGCGCCCCCUAACUUCUUAUCUUUUAGAUUUUCUAUAUCUGUGACUGUUGCCCAGUUAGUCCCCACAUUAUGAGUUUUAAUGUAAUAAUGAGCCAGUCAGCGCCUGAGGGGGAGUUCACCCCUCGUGGUGCUGGCGGGAAGGUUCUAUCCGUCAGGUGUAUGCGUCUGACCCAAACUAAUGGAGGGCAGCUUCUGCGCCUUACUGUUUUUAAAAUGUGUAUUUUAGGUUUUUAACCAGUGAGGGAUAAGAAAGUGUGUGUGUGUGUACUCUGGGCUUUGUUAACCUACACCUCAGGUACCUUUCCUAGUGUGAUUUACAAACACUGUUUGAACUCAACAACGCCCCCUCUCUUUUGUGUAAUUGGUAAUGAAUGUGAUCUGAGAAUAGAUCAACUCAUUGUUUCGACUUUAUACGUGUUGGCUGUGUCAUGACCUCUUUUCCCAAGCUUACUGUUUAAAGUCACUUGUACAUAUUACUGUGUAAUAAAAAGUGCUUUUAAUGACCA